AUGCCAUCCGAAAUCUACCGUCAGCUACAGGCCCGGGUGCAGGCUGUCCGCGCAGCGAGCUCUACCCAAGCAUCUCGGCCAACACGAGCCCGCACCAACGCGGGCGUCAAGAAGACUGGUAAGAGGAGCACCAGCACCGGCGCCACUAAACCCAAGCCGAAGCCCAAGCCAAAGCCCAAGUCCAAACGCAGGGCCAAGAAACGUAAAAAGAAGUCCCGCCACCACAGCCUCGGCAGCAUGGACUCGAUCCUCGCCGACCCGUGCCCGGACCCGCUGGCGCGGCAGGACCGCUGGAUCCCGCCGCUGGGCCAGCGGCCGCAGCGGGUGUCGCCGCCGCCGCCGGAGCAGGUCGCGCCGGGGCUGUGGGCGGCGUACGCGGCGCUGGACGACUGGAUGUACGGCGAGGCGCAUAGCGGGGACGCGGCGGCGGCGGCGCUGGCAAGGGGCGCGCGGGCGCCGCCGAGCCGCCGGCCCGCCGGCGUCGACGGCACGCUGUGGAACAUCUACUGGCUGCUCGAGGCGUGGGUGUACCGGGCGGGCCUCACGGCCGAGGAGGCCGUGGGCCUGCCGACGUUCGACGAGAUCAUGAAGUUCCAGGACGGCGGCGGGCCGCGACCCGUCACGCCGCUGGGGUGGAGGUGGGAUGGGCUCGAUCUGGAGCCGGUUGCGGCGGAGGGGGACGAAAAGGAGGAACAGUAG